UGUGUGAGGGGGUAAGGAAGGAGCAAAGGAGAGCAGAGGGAGAGGACACAGGGACAGGAGGAAGAGGUGAGAGGGUGAGGAAGGAGCGAAAGUGAGCAGAGAGCGAGGAUGCAGGGAUAGGAGAAAGAGCUGAGAGAGUGAGGAGGCAGCGAAGGAAAGCAGAGAGAGAGGACACAGACUGGAGAGAGAGGUGUGUGAGAGGGUGAGGAAGGAGCAGAGGGAGAGAGGACACAGGGAUAGGAGAAAGAGGUGAGAGGGUGAGGAGGGAGUGAGGACACUGGGACAGGAGAGAGAAGGGUGUGAGAGGGCAAGGAGGGAAUGAAGGAGAGCAUAGGCAGAGAGGGAGAUUGAGCUGGAUUGAAGAGUGUCACUGGCCAAGGAGCUGUUUUGAGGACCUGCCACUAAGAGGAUGUCAGUGACAGAAUCUGACGAGUUUGAAGAGGAACAGGGCCCUUAUUUAGGGGAAUAUGAAGGUGAUCGGAAUGAGGAAAAUGAAAGACAUGGUCAAGGGAAAGCUAUAUUGCCAAAUGGUGACACAUAUGAAGGUGCCUAUGAACAUGGCAAGCGCCAUGGAAUGAAAUAUUAUGAAACUGGCUGCACUCAAGUACCCAUCUGGAAGUGCCGAAUCAGGUCAACCUGA